AUGCCUGCUCCCAUGAAGGGCCAGGUGUGCGUGGUGACUGGUGCCUCCAGGGGUAUUGGCAGGGGCAUCGCUUUGCAGCUCUGCCAGGCAGGUGCCACAGUUUACAUCACUGGCCGCCACCUGGACACGCUGCAGGCCACUGCUCAGGAGGCGCAAUCCCUGGGAGGCCGGUGUGUACCCGUGGUGUGUGAUUCAAGCCAGGAGAGUGAAGUGCGAAACCUGUUUGAACAGGUGGAUCGAGAACAGCAAGGACGUCUGGAUGUGCUGGUCAACAAUGCCUAUGCUGGGGUCCAGCCGAUCCUGAACAACUCUAAGAAGUCAUUCUGGGAAAGCCCCGCCUCCAUUUGGGAUGACAUCAACAACGUCGGACUCAGAGGCCAUUACUUGUGUUCAGUGUAUGGGGCUCGGCUGAUGGUACCAGCUGGCCGGGGGCUCAUCGUGAUCAUCUCCUCCAUUGGGGGGCUGCAGUAUCUCUUCAAUGUCCCCUAUGGCGUGGGCAAAGCUGCGUGCGACAGGAUGGCUGCUGACUGUGCUCAGGAGCUGCGGCGCCACGGGGUCAGCUACGUGUCUCUGUGGCCAGGGUUGGUGCAGACAGAACUGCUGAAGAAGCACAUAAUGAAGGAGGAGGAUGCUUCAGAUCCCCUGAUUAAGCAGUUCAAAUUUCGUUUCUCAUCCGCGGAGACCACAGAAAUGAGUGGCAAAUGUGUGGUGGCAUUGGCAACAGAUCCCAAUAUCCUGAGCCUGAGCGGGAAGGUGCUGCCGUCCUGUGACCUGGCGCGGCGCUACGGCCUGCGGGAUGUUGAUGGCCGCCCUGUCCAGGAUUAUUUGUCCUUGAGCUCCGCCCUCUCCCAUGUCUCCAGCCUGGGCUGGCUGGCGUCCUACUUACCUGGGUUUCUCCGGGUGCCCAAGUGGGUCAUGACCCUCUAUGCUAGCAAGUUCUAA